AUGAUGAUGAAGUUUGAGGUUCAGGUUGAAAUUGGGAGAGUGGUGCGUACAAGAGGAGGAGACGGUAGAAUUAGGCAUAACAGAGGACGCGGAGAGUCUCGGCCACAUCAGGAGGAGCCGGAAGACGAUGAGAUGCCGCCAGUGCAUCAGGAGCAGGUUGAGGAGCAGGCUGUGCAGCAGGCUUGGCCUGGAGGGCCGAUCGAUACGAGUCUUUUGACUCGAUACGAGCAUCAUGUUGCUCGUCAUGUAUGGUUUGGUCAGGAACGUGUCGAAGGUGACAAAAUUGAGCUACAAAUAGUAUCUUUAGGAAGAAAGUUAGCUGACAGGAUUCCUGAUUACCAUCCUCAAGUUAUUCAAGGGUGGUUGAAUAUUUCGGGGUUGUGA